AUGAAAAAACACAAAAUUAAUUCUGCUGAACACAAAUUUUCCAUGUUACACAUUAAUGAGACAAAGAAAAUUACUAAAAUUCAUGUUAAAGAAUUGAAUGAGAAAAUAAUUAUAUUGGAAAAAAAGUUGGAUGAUUAUGAAACUCAUAAGGAUGAACUGAUAGACAGAUUCUCAAACAAAAUAAAAGAACUUCAAGAAUAUCAAAAGAAAAAUAAUAAUUUAGAAACAAAAAUUAAGCACUUUAAAGAUACUAUCAAAGACAAUGAAAAUCAUAUUCAAUCCCUGUGCUCUAAAUUAAAUAAAAGAGAAAAGCAAAUAGAACUAUUGUCUGUUGAAAUAGAUUCUGUGAAAAAAUCAAAAACCAUGAUUGAACUAAUUUUAAGCAAAACUAAUACAGAAAUUGAAGCAAUACAUGAAGAACACGAUGAAAAAGUAAAAAAAUUACAAUCAAUAAUUGAUGAAUAUAAAAAUUCAGAAAAACUAUCUCAUCAAAACAUUGUAGAUUUAGAAAAUAAUAUGAAAAAUGUUCAAGAUAAUUUAGCAAACAAAGAACACAUUAUAAUUUUUUAUGAAGAAAAAAUGGCUGAAAAUUACCAAAUUGUUGGAACUCAAGAAGAACAAUUGAAAACUAUGUACCAAGAAAAACUUAUGUUGGAAUCCCAUUUAAAAAAUAUAAAAAUUGAAAUUGAAACACAACAAAAAAGUUUUAGUGAAAAAAAUUGUGAAAUGGAAAACUGUUUGGAAUAUUAUCUUGACGAGUUGAAAGAUCUCAAGGAUGAAAAAACAAAAAUUGCAGACAUUUUACAAUGUAAACAAAAUGAAAUAGAGCAACAACUGAAACUGAUUAACAAUCAAAAAGGUAUAAUUAAAACAUUACAAUCAGAACAAUGUAGCCAACAGCUAAUCAUAAAUGAUCUUGAUGAAGUUUUGAAACAAAAAUCUUCCGAAAAUAACAAUUUAUGUGCGAAAGUACUGGAAUCUACAUUAGAUUUAGAUAAGUUAAAAGAACAACUUAAUGCAGCAUUGGUUGAAAAUAAUGUAAUUAAAACUAAUUUAAGGAAUGAUGAAUUGCAAAUAAAAACUAUGAAUGAAGAAUUUCAAUGUCAGCUUAAUGAUAUGAAAAAUAUAUUAGCAAAUCAAAAUAAUCAGUGUUUAAUAAGGGUUGAGAAAUUACAAGACACUUUAGAGAAAAAGCAGAAUGAUUUUAACGAACAACUUAUGACGUGUAAUAAGCUAACAGAAACAAUUUCUCAGUUACAUUUGGAAAAAUAUGAACUAGAAGAGAAAUUAAUAUCAAGUGGUCAAGAGUUAAAUCAAAAACAAAUACAAUUUGAACAAACCACUGAAGAAAAUAAUAAAUUGAAAGAAACAGUUGAUUAUACUGAAAAUGAAUGUAUUAACUUGCAACAAGAAUUAAAAGACUUGAAGAACAUUAUAUUACAAAAAGAAGAAGAAAUCAAAUUAUUCAAAGGUCAUAUAUCAGAAUGUUCGGUUUCUAAAGAAAGCUUACAGAAACAAAUUAUUGAAGUACAACAAAUGUUGAACAACAAACAUAUUGAGUUUGAAAAUCAAAUUCACUGUUGUAAUGAGCAGAAAGAUACUAUUAUUAAAUUAAAUGAUGAAAAAGAGUGUCUUAGCAAUAAAAUAAAAAACCUUGAACAAACCACUGAAGAAAAUAAUAAAUUGAAAGAAACAGUUAAUUAUACUGAAAAUGAAUGUAUUAACUUGCAACAAGAAUUAAAAGACUUGAAGAACAUUAUAUUACAAAAAGAAGAAGAAAUCAAAUUAUUCAAAGUUCAUAUAUCAGAAUGUUCGGUUUCUAAAGAAAGCUUACAGAAACAAAUUAUUGAAGUACAACAAAUGUUAGACAACAAACAUAUUGAGUUGGAAAAUCAAAUUCACUGUUGUAAUGAGCAGAAAGACACUAUUAUUAAAUUAAAUGAUGAAAAAGAGUGUCUUAGCAAUAAAAUAAAAGACCUUGAACAAACCACUGAAGAAAAUAAUAAAUUGAAAGAAACAGUUGAUUAUACUGAAAAUGAAUGUAUUAACUUGCAACAAGAAUUAAAAGACUUGAAGAACAUUAUAUUACAAAAAGAAGAAGAAAUCAAAUUAUUCAAAGUUCAUAUAUCAAAAUGUUCGGUUUCUGAAGAAAGCUUACAGAAACAAAUUAUUGAAGUACAACAAAUGUUGAACAACAAACAUAUUGAAUUGGAAAAUCAAAUUCACUGUUGUAAUGAGCAGAAAGAUACUAUUAUUAAAUUAAAUGAUGAAAAAGAGUGUCUUAGCAAUAAAAUAAAAAACCUUGAGGAUUUCUUAUCCCACAAUGAAUACAAAUUUAAUUUAUGCGAAGGAAAAUUGUACGAUUGUAGUAACACAAUUGAAAAUUUAGAAACUAAAAUAAACACAAUGAAUAAUGAAAAGUCGUUUUUAGAAUGGAAACUAAAUGAAACUAUUACUAAAUUAACAAAUACAAAUCAAGAUCUUACCCUGAAACUAGAAAUCAAAGAAACAAAUGUAUUGGAUAUUCAAGAAAAAUUAAUUCUUGAACAAAAUGAGUUAAAGAAACAAAUAGAAACAAUAUCUUUAUUAAAUGCUGAUAAAGAUAGAUUACAAGAAGAAACCAAUAAACUUCAUAAAUGCAUGAGUAUAAAUGAAUAUACUUUGAAAUCAUUGCAAGAAAAAGUUCUUAUUUGUGAAAAAGAGUAUGAAGAAUUACAAACAUUGAAGACCAAUUUAGUAUCUGAACUCAAUGAAAGCCAGUUGAAAUUAACAAAUUUACACCAGGAAUCAAAGGAAAAACUCGAGAAUAUGGAUAUAAAAUAUAUUGAAUUACAAGAAAAAUAUAAUAAAAACCAGGUUGAACUUGAUGAAUACAUUAGUAAAUAUAACACCCACAUGAAAAGAAUUACUGAUUUAAUAUCAGAAAGAGAUAAUUUAAUUAAUAAAACAGAUGCGCUCGAGAGUACUUUAUUAGAUAAAGAUAAUGUUAUAACUGCUAAUCAAGAAAAAUUGCUUGAGUAUGAAGAAUUAAAUGAUAAAAUAAUAAUCGAAAAGGCUGUAAUAGAAGUUCAAUUAGAGAACAUUCAACACAAUCUGACUCAAAAACUUGAAGCAACCAAUAAAAAACUACAAGAAGUUGAAGAACAGCUUAUUAAUCAGAAAGAGGAAUUGGAUAAACAGAAUAAAUGUUCAAUUGAACAAGUAGAAAAAAACAAUUUAUUAAUGUAUGAAAAUAAUAAUUUGGUAAACCAAACAAAUAAACUUAAAGAAUGUUUAGCUCAACGUGAAUUUGAUUUAGGGUUAAAUCAAAAUAAACUGCAGGAUUUAGAUAAACAAAAUAAAGAAAUAGAAUGCCAAAAUAUGUCAUUGAUGAUAAAAUUGAAUGAAUUCAAAUGUCAAUUGAAUAACUUAAGUCAAAAAUCCACUGAAGAAAUUGAUAAAUUGGAUAAAAAAUUGUUGGAAGCUCAAAAACAACUUAGCCAUAUGCAAUCUGAAAUUAAACUGAAGAACGACUCAAUAACAGAUAUUUACCAGAAAAUAAAAUACUUAAAAGAUGUGAAAGUUGAACUUGAAUCAAUACUAAAAAAAGAAAGAAAACAUUUUGAAACCUGUUUUGAAACAUGUUUCAAUUAUUCAUUUGAUUAUAUUAAAAACAACCCCAUUGUAGAUCAUCAUCAUGAUUCAUUAAUCGAAGUUAUAACUUCUGCAGAUACAUUUAUCGAACAAAAUGGUAUUCAGUUGGCUCGAGUUGAAAACUGUGAUGUAAACUCGAUUAUUGAAAGGGUGAAAAAAAUAUUUGAAGCACUGAAAAUGUUUAUAAUCAAUUUAAAAACCCAAGGAACCGAACAAAUAAUGAAUCAUACUAAUAAUGAAUCCAAUGAAGCUUAUGCCGAAUUACUAGCUUUAUCAAAAACUCAACAAGAAACUAUUAAACAUUUGGAAACCGAAAUGUCAACAUUGAAAACGGAAUGCGUUUAUAAAAUGACAAAAGUGCAACAAAAAACUCAAGAAUAUGUAACUUCAGAAUACGAAAAGAAGUUUGAACGAAAGAGAGAACAAAUGAAACAAUUUUGUAAAGAUUUAGAGGCAAAAAUUCAUCAAGAUUUUGAAGCUAAACUGUUAAAAUACAAAGACAAAAUAACCAAAGAUGAAAUUCACAUUAAAGAACUCGGUCAGCAGUUAUGGGAAGUUAGUGAAAAAUAUUUAAGGUUACAACAAAAAGAUAGAAGAGAGUCUACAAUGUCAUUACCAUUUGAAAUGUCAAUAAUUUCUGAAACCGCGGCCACUCUUCCAAAAUAUAAUUCUUUUACACUGCCAAAGUCCAGCUCAGCCGGUCAAAUCAGAUCACUAGUAGAAGAGACCACUCGUUGUUAUCCAGAUAGUAAACGAAAUGUGCCUGCAGGAAUUGGUAAAAAAUUCAGCUUAUCGUCUGGUAAAAUAUUUCCAAAAGAAGAAGAUGAGGAAGGUGAAAUGUUCAACCACUCAUGCCUUGCCGAUCUAAAAGAAGGGAAAGUAAGACUCAAUGAUAAUAAAAAACAAUAUAAUGAAAGACUGUCAGAACUACAAGCCCGCAACUCACUUUGUCCACCACAUUUAAGAAGUUGUUAUGCUGCAGAAACUAAUUUUUUGCCAAAUACCUCAUUAGUUACAGAAGAAGAUAUUAAGACAACCGCUAAUUAUAGUGAUUAUGAGACUGAAAACCUUAUCCCGAAUGAUCGUACCAAGAAAAAAGAUAGAAAUCAGACAUCAUAUAAGAAACCAGGACCACCAACUCCAAGCAAAAAUGGAGGUCGUGUUUCUUUAUCGAGCAAUGCAAAAAACACAUUGAAAGAAUCUAAAGAAACAAAUACUAAUAAAAGACGAGCUAGCAGUACUCCAAACAAAUUAUUUAGCUUAUUUAUGAGCAAAAAGAAUUAA